UUACAGUAGUGAGCCACUGUGCCUGGUCCCUGGUUUUUAAAAUAUGGCUACUAGAAAAUUUUAAAUUAUGUAUGUAUGGCUCAAAUUAUUUUGCUCUUUGAGGCCGUAGUGGAGGAAGUGAAUGUGGAUAGAGAAGUCCAAGGACAGUGUGGAGAGCUGGGAAGAGGAGGAGCAGCCGGCAGGGCUGGAGAGGGCAUGGCUGUAGGUCGGGGUGUGAAUGAUGAUAGGUGUAGCCUGUGCCUAAGUGAGCCACACUAAAAUUUGUCUAGAACUUGGGUAAAAGGAAGUAUUGCAGAGAAACUAGGCCUAAUAUGUAUUAUAUGGGAUUGGUUAUUUGUAGAAGUGAAAGAAUCUUGGAAAUGGUCUAUAGGAUUGGGAUAUUUUCCUAUACUGUUUUUUUGUUUGUUUUUAAGUGAGUCUCAUGCAACCUGUUCAAAGAAGGCUCUAAUGUAGCCUGAGUAAUCAAUCAUGGCAAUAGAAAAGAAAGCAGAUAUUUAUAAGAUUUGAUAUAGUUAAUGUAGGAAGGUGACUCUUAUGACCCUUAAAGCUUUGGUCAUGGAGCUUUCUUUGAUCUUACCAUCUUCACUUGGUAAAACGACCAUAAGACUAUCUCAGAGACUUAAGAAUUCUUUUUUUCAUGUGUCUGGUCUUUGCUUUGAGAUUAGCUGUUUGGCUUUCAUUUUACAUGUGCUCUAUUUCUCUGUUGAUGUGGUCUGAUUUUAUAUUUGAAAAUUUGGAGGAAAAGACCUUGCUUGUUAUACUUGUUUGGAUUCUUUAAAUGAAUUAAGCAGAACAGGAAGAAAUAUUCUUUAGGAAAAUUUGGGGCAGUUUUUAAUCACUUAUGGAAGAUGCAGAGCCAGGUUGGUGCCUAACCCGUGUAAACAGUUAAGCUAGGGGGUAAUGGCAAGAGCCAGCAGGAAGGGCAGGCAGGCUCAUGAGGGUUUGUUUAGUGCAGCAACCGUUUACCUACUGCUUUUAUGUGGAGUGUGGUAGUACAAACAUAAAUAUAAACAGAGUUCUUGAUAAUUUGAUCAUAGGAUGAUCUGUAUUUUUCCUAGUUUAGCGAGAAUUAAAUUCAUCAGCUGGCCAUUGAACCACGAUGUGGGAUUGUCACCAGUCUUCCAAAUCUUGACGUUACAGACCUGCUAUGUUCUGCCGGAGACUUCCAUUUGGCCUCAAUGUGAAAUUAAAGCAGAAAAUCACAUCUACAUGUAUGUUGCUAUCAGGAUGUUGAUUCAUUGGUCACGCCUGAAGAGGGAAAUUCUGUUUUAGAUGGCUGACUGCCAGCAAAAGUAAAUGCUUAUCCUAGAUGCCAAGCAUCUCUCCUUUUUACUGGAGUGAAAAUCCCCUCCAGAUACCAACAGAAUAUCAACUACAGAAAAUGCUUUGCAAUUUAAGAAUGUCAGCAACCUAAAUUCAUGCACCCUAUCUGUACAGUUGUUGUGGAUGGUUUGCCAUCUGAAAGCUCCGCAAGUUCUUAUCCAGGCCCUGUGUCUGUUUCUGAAAUGUCUUUGCUUCAUGCUUUGGGUCCAGUGCAGACCUGGCUAGGACAAGAGCUGGAAAAAUGUGGCAUCGAUGCCAUGAUUUAUACUCGGUAUGUCCUCAGUCUUCUACUGCAUGACAGCUAUGAUUACGACCUGCAGGAACAGGAGAAUGACAUCUUCCUGGGCUGGGAAAAAGGAGCUUAUAAGAAAUGGGGAAAGAGUAAGAAAAAGUGUUCAGAUUUAACUCUAGAAGAAAUGAAAAAACAGGCUGCUGUCCAGUGUCUUCGAUCUGCUUCUGAUGAAAGCUCUGGUAUCGAGACUUUAGUGGAGGAGCUCUGCUCCAGACUGAAAGACCUUCAGAGCAAGCAAGAAGAGAAGAUUCACAAAAAAUUAGAGGGAUCUCCCUCUCCAGAAGCAGAAUUAUCCUCCACAGCAAAGGAUCAAGUGGAAAUGUACUAUGAAGCAUUCCCACCACUUUCUGAGAAACCUGUUUGCCUGCAAGAAAUCAUGACUGUGUGGAACAAGUCCAAAGUCUGUUCUUACUCUAGCUCUUCUUCAUCAUCCACAGCCCCACCAGCUAGCACAGAUACAUCCUCUCCCAAGGACUGCAACAGUGAGAGUGAAGGCAUCAAAGAAAGAAGCACUGAAGUACCCACUACUGUGCAUGAGAAAACCCAGAGCAAAAGUAAAAAUGAAAAGGAGAACAAAUUUAGUAAUGGCACAAUUGAAGAAAAUCCUUAUUUGUACAAAAAGCAAAUCCGACAUAAAGCUGAAGGAAAGAUUCGCCCCCGCUCAUGGUCUUCCGGCUCUAGUGAAGCAGGCUCAAGUUCCAGUGGUAAUCAGGGAGAAUUAAAAGCAUCCAUGAAGUAUGUUAAAGUAAGACAUAAGGCACGAGAAAUUCGAAACAAAAAAGGGCGAAAUGGGCAAAGUAGGCUAUCAUUAAAGCAUGGUGAAAAGGCUGAAAGAAACAUUCAUACUGGGAGUAGUAGCAGUAGCAGCAGUGGCUCUGUCAAACAGCUGUGCAAGCGGGGUAAGAGACCACUGAAAGAAACAGGGAGAAAAGAACCUGGGAGCACUGAAGGGAAAGACCUGUAUGUGGAGAGCAGAAACAACAGAGAGUACAAAGAAGAGCCAUUGUGGUACACCGAACCAAUUGCUGAGUAUUUCGUUCCUUUGAGCAGAAAAAGUAAAUUAGAGACCACAUACCGAAACAGACAAGAUACAAGUGAUCUGACAUCAGAGGCAGUGGAAGAAUUGUCUGAAUCAGUACAUGGUCUUUGUAUCAGCAACAGUAAUAUUCAUAAAACAUACCUCGCAGCAGGUACUUUCAUUGAUGGUCAUUUUGUAGAAAUGCCUGCAGUUAUAAAUGAGGAUAUUGACCUCACUGGGACCUCAUUAUGUUCUCUACCAGAGGACAAUAAAUACCUGGAUGACAUUCAUCUGUCAGAAUUAACACACUUCUAUGAAGUAGAUAUUGAUCAAUCCAUGUUGGAUCCUGGUGCCUCAGAAACAAUGCAAGGAGAAAGUCGGAUUUUGAAUAUGAUUCGACAAAAAAGCAAAGAGAAAACAGAUUUUGAGGCAGAAUGUUGCAUAGUGUUAGAUGGUAUGGAGUUGCAAGGGGAACGUGCAAUAUGGACAGAUUCUACCAGCUCCGUGGGUGCUGAGGGCUUCUUCCUGCAAGACCUUGGCAAUCUGGCUCAGUUUUGGGAGUGCUGUUCAUCCAGCUCUGGGGAUGCUGAUGGAGAGAGUUUCGGAGGAGAUUCUCCAAUUAGACUCUCUCCAAUCUUUGACAGCACAAUGCUCAAUUCACACUUGCUUGCUGGCAAUCAAGAGCUCUUUUCAGAUAUUAAUGAAGGAUCUGGUAUAAACUCUUGUUUUUCAGUGUUUGAAGUGCAAUGCGGUAAUUCUGUUUUACCAUUUUCUUUUGAAACACUCAACUUAGGAAAUGAAAAUACAGAUUCUAGUGCUAAUAUGCUUGGGAAAACACAGUCUAGAUUGCUAAUAUGGACCAAAAAUAGUGCCUUUGAAGAAAAUGAACACUGUUCUAAUCUUUCAACAAGAACUUGUAGUCCAUGGUCCCAUUCAGAAGAAACACGUUCAGAUAAUGAGACAUUAAAUAUUCAGUUUGAAGAAUCCACACAGUUUAGUGCAGAAGAUAUGAAUUAUGUAGUUCCUAGAGUCUCGUCAAAUUAUGUAGAUGAAGAACUUCUAGAUUUUUUGCAAGAUGAAACUUGCCAGCAAAGCAGUAGAACUUUAGGUGAAGUUCCUACAUUAGUUUUCAAAAAAAAAUCUAAACUAGAAUCUGUCUGUGGUAUUCAGCUAGAACAAAAAACAGAAAACAAAACCUUUGAAACUACACAAGCAUGUAGUAAAAACAGUCCACAUGGCGAUGGCUACAGCUCAGGGGUUAUUAAGGACAUUUGGACAAAGAUGGCAGAUAGAAAUUCUGUGGCUACAGUAGAAAUAGAAGGAAUCGAUGAGUUGUUUUCAACAGAUGUAAAUAACUCCUGCUGCUGUUUGGAUGCUGAAGCUGACAUGGAAACCCUUCAGGAGCCUAAUAAGGCUGUGCAGAGGUCAGAGUAUCAUCUGUGGGAGGGGCAAAAGGAAACCCUGGAGAAAAGAGCAUUUGUUUCUAGUGAGCUAUCAAAGGCGGACGGUGGUGAUUAUACUACACCCUCUAGACCUUGGGAUAUAGCCCAAGAUAAAGAGAAUGCAUUCAUUCUUGGAGGAGUUUAUGGUGAACUCAAAACCUUUAAUAGCGAUGGGGAAUGGGCAGUCGUACCGCCUAGUCACACAAAAGGAAGUUUGUUACAGUGUGCAGCUUCUGAUGUUGUGACAAUAGCUGGUACAGAUGUCUUCAUGACCCCAGGAAACAGUUUUGCUCCUGGUCACAGGCAGUUAUGGAAACCCUUCGUGUCCUUUGAACAGAAUGAUCAGCCGAAGAGUGGGGAAAAUGGAUUAAAUAAGGGAUUUUCUUUUAUCUUCCAUGAAGACUUACUAGGAGCUUGUGGUAACUUUCAAGUUGAAGAUCCUGGACUGGAAUAUUCUUUCUCUUCCUUUGACUUAAGCAAUCCAUUUUCACAAGUUCUUCAUGUAGAAUGUUCAUUUGAACCCGAAGGGAUUACAUCUUUCAGCCCCAGUUUUAAACCAAAAUCAAUCCUCUGCUCUGAUUCAGACAGUGAAGUUUUUCACCCCAGGAUAUGUGGCGUUGACAGAACACAAUACAGGGCUAUUCGCAUCUCUCCUAGGACUCACUUUCGCCCAAUUUCUGCAUCUGAACUAUCCCCAGGAGGAGGAAGCGAGUCGGAAUUUGAAUCUGAGAAAGAUGAAGCAAAUAUUCCUAUUCCUUCUCAAGCUGACGUAUUUGAAGAUCCACAGGCAGAUCUCAAACCUCUGGAAGAAGAUGCAGAGAAAGAAGGCCAUUACUAUGGAAAAUCAGAGCUUGAGUCUGGAAAGUUCCUUCCCAGGUUAAAAAAAUCUGGAAUGGAAAAGAGUGCUCAGACAUCACUGGAUUCCCAGGAGGAAUCAACUGGGAUUCUGCCAGCAGGAAAGCAAAACCAGUGUUUGGAAUGUAGCAUGAAUGAAUCUCUGGAAAUAGAUUUAGAAAGCUCAGAAGCAAAUUGUAAAAUAAUGGCACAAUGCGAGGAAGAAAUAAAUAAUUUUUGUAGUUGCAAAGCAGGUUGUCAGUUCCCUGCUUAUGAAGAUAAUCCAGUUUCUUCAGGACAGCUGGAAGAGAUUGGGAAGAAAGAAAAAGAGGAAAGAAGCAAGAUUCUACAUCAUACCACUACCAUAUUCCUUCGCUUUCUAUUUCCUAUAUUGAACACUGAUGUACAAGGAAUGAAUAGAAGUCAAGAAAAGCAGACCUGGUGGGAAAAAGCCUUGUACUCUCCUCUUUUUCCUGCAUCAGAGUGUGAAGGAAGUCUUGUCCUGUAUAGCAGCUGUCUGCACCUGGGGCCUAGGCAGACACCAGGGCAGCAGGAGUACAGACUUUGCUUCAUCCGUGCCCAGUCUGGCGAAUUGGAAUGUUAUACAAAUGCCAAGGGAGAGAAUGGUAUAGAAGAAUAUCCAGAUGUUAAAGAAAUACCCAGUAAUGAAGAACGUCUGUUAGAUUUUAAUAGGGUGUCUUCUGUUUAUGAAGCAAGAUGUACAGGAGAGAGAGAUUCUGGAGCAAAAUCAAAUGGCUUCCGAAGAAAAAUUUAUUCCAGCACGAGCUCCGGCUCAGAAGACACGGGCUCAGAAGGUGGAGGUGAAUGGGUGGACCCUAGCGAAGAGGAGCUCUUCUCUCGAACUCAUCUCUAAACCUGCAGAGUAGUACAUAUUAUUUUUUAAAAGUGAUAUGUGAUGGAAAAUUACUCUUUUGUGAGCCUGUUAAUCUAACACAACAACUUAGGUUUCUUCUUCAAUUAACUGAUUCAGAUCAGUAAUUAUCUUUCUCUUCUUACUUAUUUUAGAGUUGAAGACAGCUAUCCUGUUGAAGAUUUUUUUUCCAAGCUGUUAAAUUCUUGACUAUUUGAAAUAGACUAGAUUGUGUUGUCAAAUCAAGAAUGGGUGUGCAUGUGCUUGUCUUAGAAGUUUCACUGCUUUUUGCAUCUUAACUGCAGUUAAUUUUCCUUCUAACUGCAGUUAUAUCACUAUUACCUUAUUAGCAUUGCAGUGUCAACAACCACUUCUGCUUUCAGAGACUUUAGCUUUGGAACAUUUAGGCUUUGUUCUCUAAGAACUGGGAUAUAAAUCCUUACCCUGCAGUGGCUCAGUGCCUUUUGAAGGCCAGAGAGAAGCAUGGGUGACUCAUCUGCAGUCUUUAUUCAGUAAAAUCUCAUGUACAUUUGAAGUGAGAACCACAAGGGUGUGCUUUUAGAGACUUACAAAAUACUGUGUUUUCUAUCUUAGGAUUUUUCCCCCUAAAGUAUCAUGGAAGAUACUAUGGUUUGUGACUUUCUUGCUAACUGAAGAAGCCAAGGAUUUGGGGUAUGGGGCGGUAUGUGAGGCAGAGUGGGGUACACCCCUCUCCCCACAACCUGUUCUUGCAUGUAUACCAAAACAUAAUUCAGGGUUCUUUGUGGUGAGUCUUACAAUACAUAGUAAGGAAAAUAGUUGUAAAUUAUUAUUUUCUGGUGACCUACAUUGAAUUGAAGCCCCCAAAACUUGAAAUUAUAAACAUACGGCAUUCAGUAAAGGCCACCUCAUCACUCAAAGAAAUCUUUGGCUGCUGCAGCUAGCUGCUCUUGUGGCUGUGAUAUAGUGUAGCUUAUAUCUCAUUUUGUGUUUGAGAGAAUGUUCUGGGCAGGUUCUGUGUGUGGUGGGGCGGGGCGGGUAGAGUAAUGGCUUUCCCACAUGCCUGUGUGAUUGCUGUGCUGACUGUCCAGUCUCACUUGGGGAACCCAGGGGUCAGGACACCUGGACACGUCAUGUCUAUGUGUGCCGAUCACCUUCUUCAGCUGUCACGAUGUGCCGCAGGUUAAGGCUAGGAGGAGCAAUAUAGUUUUUCUUUUUUUACCAACUUGUUUAAAACAAAACAAAACACCUAAUCUGUGAAAUCAAUUUAGCAUGUCCAAAACAUCGAGAAUGGCAGAAAAAUCUGAUAGGGACUGGACAGCUUCACUACUGAUUUUGACAGGCAUUAAAUACAUAAUUUAUUAGCUGGGAGCUGAAUUGGCUAUAAAAUCUAUGAUUUGCUUUGAACAUUUGGGUUUUGUUGCCUUUUUCUUAAUUGAUAACACAGAAAAUGCCAUCAAAGACCAUGGCGUCUUUGUGGUCCCGUAUGUCCUCACUGUGAGAAGCCUGGUGUGCCCACUGGGUCUGAUCUCACCGCAGGUCAGGGUUCAUUUUUAUAUAGCACAUCUUUUGACACUUUAAAGCGGGUGGGUGGGUGUGUGUGUGUGUGUGCGCGCGCACGCACACGUGUAAGGUUUUAUGUGGCUGUUAUUUAUUUACAGACUUCAGAUAAGUUUUUAUGUAUUUUUCUGUCUUCUGGAGCUUCCUAAAAAAUGAUUAGCAUCUGCACUGAAAUAUAAUUUAACAGUAAAGGCAAAAAAAGGAUUGGAAAUUGUAAAUUCCUAAAAUCACUACAGUGACGAUUAUCCUAGAAAUUGUUGCUUAUGUAGCUGAGACCAAAUAAUUAGAUUUCAGACACAACCUCGAGCAUAGUUGAUUUUGGACAGCUGCUGUUUGUAAGGAAAGGGCUCUAGGUGGCAAAGGUGCGGACUUCCUCAGACAUGGGUGAGAAGAUACAGCACCUUCCACAGGGGAACGGGGAUGGAUUAUAAAUGGGCAAAGGGAUUAACAAAUUAUGUAUUUAUUUGUUUUCAUAGUUAAUAGCUGAAGCUGAGAGGCCUUCAGCAACAGAGUUGAAAGUGUGGUUUUUAGUUUUGUGAAUGGAUGAUGAUCACAAAGAAAAAGCAUUAAAAAAAGUUGGCAAACGCUGAAACGCACUGUGGUAUGAAGCGCAUUGCAUAUCCAUAGCACUGAAGUAUCAGUUUCCAUUCCUGGGCUGAGAUUUUUUUCCCCCCCCGUGGUUGUAUUGUUCUGAUUUCACGUACACCAGAGUAACUGAUUUUUUUUUCUUGUGGAGUUAACACCAAAUAAAAAUUUUAAAAACA